AUGGGUAAAAGUCAGUCUGAAAAAUCAGCUAGUAAAAAACGAUCUGAUGCUGAUUAUGCCAUUACCAUAUCAACAGGUGAAGAAGGAAUUGAAGCACCUGUAUCCAUGAAAGUUCGUGGUGAUAAUGGUACUGUUAGUAUUCCAUUAACACAAACAAAAGGUGGUGAAAAAUCUUUUCAAUCGAAAUCAAAAAGUGAAUUUACAUGUCAAACAACAGAUGUUGGAAAAAUUCAAUGUAUUACAAUUGAACAUAAUGAAAAAGAGAAAGAUGUUCUUUGGCAUAUAAAAACAGUUCAAAUAACAAAAGGAAGCGAGACAUAUAAUUUUAAUGCUGAUGUACGUCUUGAUCAAAAGGAAAAUAAAGUUAAUCUUUAUCCUGUUGGUACUUUAUUCGGUCAUCAAAGAGAUGAUUAUGUACAAAGUGAAUUACGUCGUUUACGAGAAAGUCUUCGCUCCGAAUCAUCAAAAUUACGUCGACCUCCACAUAAACCUCAUGAACCAUUUGUUUAUAAUGAUUUAAGACCUUAUUUUGAUACAAGUUCGGUAGAAAGAGCGAUUUAUUCCCCUGUAACUUAUCCAACAGGUUACUAUACACGUGUAACAGCACUUCGUAUCGUUGAACCAUGGGAAGCAUACGGAAUGGAUUAUGGUGUUAAUUAUGAGUUAUUAAAACAUCGUAAAACUCGUAGUUUAAGUAGUAAACCACCACCUUCAAAACCAACAGAUGAAUCAAUUGAUCGUAAACAAGGUUCAACACAUUUACCACCCUAUCCUGCUGUUAAUAUGCAUAAACCUCCUGAAUAUUCACAAGCAUUAACAGUCGAUGAUAUUCCAAAAAUACGAUCAUUAAUAAAAAGUCGUUAUUCCGGUGCUGCUGAUGCUCAAAAAGAAAAAGAUUAUAAGCGAACACAUAAUGAUGUAUAUCGAAUGCAAUUAGAUCAUAUAGAUGGUUAUCAUGAAAAGAGUCGUGGAAAUAUGUUAAGAGUUUAUCAUUCAUAUUUACAAAAUACACCUGGUUCGAAACAAGCUCUACGUGAAUUAUGUGAUCAAAUAGCUCCUAAAAACACAAAAACAACCGUCAAAUCUGCGAAAUAG